AUGAUGCCGGGAUUGAAAGUCGAGGAGGUGUCCUGGGACCAUGCGGAUGCCAUCGAAAUGCGAAAGGAGCAGCGCAAAGAUAUCGCAGCGCUUUACGAGCGCGUAGACUCGGAGCCUGGAACACCUCCGACCGCGCAAGACAUCACCUGCUUUUGCGUCGUCUACCAGGACAAGCAGCCCGUCGGAUGCGGCGGUCUCCGAAGGCUGGAUGCCGACUCGGCAGAGAUCAAACGCAUGUUUGUCGCCAGAAGCGCUCGCGGAAAGGGCGCCGCCAAUGCCGUGCUUGCCUUUCUCGAGAACAAGUCACUAGAGCUGGGCAUACAUCGUCUGCUGCUCGAGACUGGCGAUAAGCUCGCAGAGGCACACCGCUUCUACACCCGAAACGGCUACAAGAUCAUCCCCAACUUUGGAUACUACGCCGGCGUCGACACUUCCAUCUGCAUGGAGAAGCUGCUCGCCAACGAUCAGACCGGCUCAAGCGAAAAGCAGUAG